AUGAAAUCUUACACGAGUUGGAGGGAGGAAUUUUUCAUUUUUCCCGUCACACAUGUCGCCCGCUGGAUGCCGUUCAGGCUGGCAGUGUUGCUGGUUGCCGUCGCUGCACCGCUAGCAGCACCGGUCGGUGCCGCACCGUUCGAUUUUGGAUUCGGCACGAACUACUCUUCAGAUUCGAUGGCAGACUUUAGCUCGCGGCAGGACGAUUUACUUCCAUUUUUGACGGCGGACCAGGAUGAUCUACUAGCCAAUCGGGUCGGUACCGUCAUUGGUGCGUUUGGAAAUACGCUCUCUCAGCUUCUGUUUGGCACGAAUGACGUCAGCACAGAUGUAACGUUCUGGUGCGCAACGACCAAUCAUCCCGAGUACGUGCAGGCGUACGUGGACGAUCCGCGCAUCACGCAGAAGCUGGAUCCAUCGAAACCGAUCCUCUUUCUAACGCACGGCUGGACCGACAAUGUGAACCGCACCUGGGUGAAGCAAACCGUCGCCGACUACAUCCGGCUGAUCGGUGGCAACAUCUGCGCGGUCGACUGGAGCCCGCUGGCACUGGUCGAGUACAAUUUGGCCGCCCGCAACACACCGAAGGUGGGCCGCUACCUGGGCAAGUUCGUGCAGUUCCUGCUGACGAAGGGCUUCAGCAUCAACCAGGUGACGCUGGUGGGACACAGUAUGGGUGCGCACAUCUCGGGCAUUGCUGGUGCAUACCUCGGAGGACAGGUGCCGAGCGUAAUCGGGCUCGAUCCGGCCGGGCCAGCCUUCACGAAACCGAUCCCGGUGUCGACGGAUCGGCGGCUGGAUCGCACCGAUGGGCGGUUCGUGCAAGCGAUCCACACGGACAAAAACAUCAUCGGCGCUGCGAUAAAUCUGGGCCACGAAGAUUACUACGCGAACAAUGGUGCAAGCCCCCAGCCGGGAUGCGAAUUUCCACUGGUAAACAACGAUACCACCAAAUCGUACCUUCAAUUCAUCUGCAGUCACUUUAAAGCCGUCGAAUAUUUCCGCGCAUCACUAGAUCGGCAGAACAUUUUCGAGGGCACGGCUUGCUCCUCUUACUAUAACUACAAGCGGAACGAUUGCUCCGCCGGUACCAAAGAUGACUUCGGUCUUUUCAACAAUAAAACAGCGUCCGGUUCCUUAUUUAUUGCAAUCGACAAAACUGUCUAUCCGUAUGCAAGGACAGUAGCUAGGAGUGCAAGGAAAUAA